AUGCUGUCAAUGUUAAACUGCAGUCUACUUGCUGUCUUCGUACUCGUUGUUCUUGUCAUCGAAGCAAAACCUGUUCGCGAAUCAUCGAGUGCUUCGAAUGACAAACAAGCAAUUAAACCGAAUCAACAACUGUAUGAAAUCUACAAGUUUAUGCGUGCGGAUCCACGCUUAGCCGAUUUCUCGAAUAAAGAACUGAUUGUGUUCAUUCAUCAGAAUCUUCUCGAUGAUAUUGGAGAUGCGCCUCGUACAGAACAAGUCACUGAUGAUCUUCGAACGACAUCGGUUACGACCACCGAUUCUAAUAUCGACGAUACUAUUUCACCGACUAAUGGCCCUUUUGGUGGCACAACUGCCGACACAUUGAGCAUGUUAACACUUGUAACUGACAGUUCAAGCAGCCAUGCGACAACUACUAUCCAAGAAACAGGAACGUCAACUACCACAACUACCACGGACACUACUAGUUCCGUUAAGCCCACCUACAAUGCAGUUGCAAUUUGGAACACAGUUGCCGGUGGUAACAGUACAUUAGCUUCUGAAGGUACGGGAAGUGGUUGUUAUCAGCCUGGACAUGGACCGCUGCAAUUAUUCGACGGUGAUACAAGCACAUCGUAUCGUGCUUAUGGAUCAUUGUCUCCAAAAAAUAAAGCAGGAUUAAACACUGGAUUCUAUUUAACGUCUUCACUAGGUGCAUUUAAAAUAAGCGCUGUGCGGUUCGCAACAGCGUCUGAUCAUAUGUACAGUCCUCGUACAAUAACUAUAGAAGGCAGCAAUGAAACAACAGCUACUAUACUUCAAGUAGGCACCGCAUGGAUGCUUCUAUAUAAUGGAGCAACAGGUUUCAGUGAUGAUCAAGGUGAAAAUACACUUGGGUCAUAUGUAACUUUUAAUAAAACGAAUAUGUUUUUUGCAUAUCGUUUUCUUGUUACGUCAAAGCGCGGAACUUCGGACAGCGUUGAAUACAGCGAAGUCGAAUUUCAAUAA